AGCUAUCAUUCCUCACACACAAUGUACUAUCUCUCAAAUGAGCUGGACAUGGCCAUGAUCCUGGUGGUGCUCUUGGCACAAAAGAGGGAGAGCUUACUGUACUGUGCCCAGCCUGUCCUCAACCUGGCAAAAACUUGCCUUUGGGUUGGGAGAUGUGCCAGCCAUAACACUGUUAAUCUUGCUGACACCAAGAAUUCAUGGGGACUGGCUGCCACAGGUGUUGGCGCCAUUGUUUGCACUUGUCAUAACCUCACAUGUCCGUCCUCAGUUGAAGAUCUCCAAAAAGGAGAAAGAUAUGUGAAUAUAGAUUACCUGUUCUUCUCGACACUGCAACAUUCUGAUGAGGUUCUGGUUCUCAAUGUCUCAUAUGAUAUUGCCUGUCAAUGGAGUAAACAUUUGUGGGAGCGGAUGUCAUGCUAUCCCUCCCAGAUCCAUUUUGCAAGUGACUCGAAACCGAAAUCUCAUCUACCAGCAUACAUUGCAGCAUGUCAAACUUCUUAUUCUCUUAACCUUAUCAAAGGCAUGGCAAGGACUGACGGUGAAGCCAUCGAACAUGAAUGGUCCAAUAUGAAUCCUAUUGCUAUAAGCACACAGGAAAUGGGCCCAGGGUCAAGACACGACAUCUUGGACAACAAUUUCAGUGAUUGGAAUUGGCAUAAAGUGUCCAACUUAGGUCCCUCACUUCUCAAAAAAAUCAAGGAGGCAAUUCCAGAAUGUUAUCAGCAUGCCAUAGAUCUUCAAGACUUCAAGAAAGCUAUCCCAUCUUCGGGUCGUAGUGCUUGA